AACGAAAUAAAAGUUUCUUACAACUGAUAACAUCACAAUAUCAUUGUGAUAUUGAUCACUAACAUAAUUUUAACAAAUAUUUGCAAUGCAGCAUUGAUCUAAACUCCUAACUUAAGGAUGGUUUCCAUGCUAACGGCUUUGGUUCACACUCCAGAGAAGAAGAGGCGGUUUCUUCUCAUCUUCAGACUGAUGGCUGUAGCUCUGAUUGUGGCAUUGCUGACCUUGCACAUGAGGUCGGUCCGAGUCUUCCGAUGGGAGCAUCAGGUGUCCGGCGGCAUAAUAGUGACCUACACCAUCGCGACAAUAGGCAUGGCGUGGUGCGCCGGCACUCCCGGAGGCAACCAGUGCGGCGCCGUAUUCCAAGCAUUCAUAUCUAGCGCUGGAUGUUUCCUGUUCGCUCUGAACGCAGCGGUCAUGGUCCAGCGGUGGCGCAGCGCUAGCACGCUGACUCGGUGCGUGUCCGAACUACUCACCGUGCUCGGUGUUCCGCUGAAGAGGCAGCUCUGUGUUAAAGUGACGUUAAGCGCUCUUUUAGCUGUCGUGCUUGCGAUUGAUGUGGUGUUGGCGUGGCUGAUACACUUGGAUCCGCCCGAUCCUCGGAAUAAGGGUUCGUGAAAGAGUGUGUUUCAUGUUUAUUUGUGAAUUCAUCCUGGUUGCCGUUUUGCUGUCUAUUUUGUAAGAGCCCUCAAACAUUAUAUAUUAGUUAAAUUA